AUGUCAACAAACACAUUAUCUGCUGUGUUAGAGAAGCUGAUUCAACGUUUGUGUCUGAAGGACUUUCCUUGUGGAUAUGGCACCUGGAGAAGGACCAAGGACAGUACAGACGGAGCAGAGACAGAGGAGACAGAUGCCCUCUUGGAUCUGCUCAGCUGUCCUCACUCACCCUGGAGACAUGAUGAAACAUGGAGCCCACAAGCGCUGACCCUGAGACAGCUGGCCGUGCUCACACCUGAACGCCUGCAUGCAGACUUCAUUUACAGUUACUUUACUACACUUCGCAUCGUGAACCAGAGUGUAUCAGUCAUUGAUGACGGCCUGUUAAAGUUCUCAAAGCUGGAGGAGCUGGUUUUGAGUGUCAACAAAAUUUCAAAAAUCCCUGCAGAAAACCUUCCUAGCACUUUGAAGAUUUUGGAGCUACGUGACAACCGGGUGUUGGCUCUAGAUAGUCUCACCAGCUGCCUGCCUCCUGGACUGCAGUACCUCGGACUCGGCUCAAACAGUCUGGGUUCCCCUGAAGACGUCUGUCAUCUUACAGGAACAACCUGGCCGCAGCUGGUGUGUCUGGACCUGAGUGACUGUGAGUUUCAGGACCAGCGGGCCCUGCUGGACGCCUUGAGCACACUCUCCUGCCUCAGGACACUAGUUCUGGAAGGAAACCCCUUCACUCUCACUCCCUCUUACCCGGGCUUCACUAUAGACCAUCUCCCUCACCUCUCGUGCCUGGACGCGGCAUGGAUCUCCUCUGAGGAAAGACACCUUUUUAGGGGCUUUGCCGAGAUGACUGAUCUGAUAGUGAACUGGGCAUCAGCCACAGUGAGUGUGGGCAAAGUGAGGGGAAUCCCAGACCCGUCGACGAGUGUGGACGAAAAUGCUCCUGACUUUCCUGUUAUCACCUACGGCUACUUUAUCACAUACGGGUUCCUUAGUCAUCAAACUGUGGACCUGAAAUUCAGUGACUCUAAAUGUGAUGCAGCAUAUGCGACAGAAGCCAAUGUUAACCUUCAAUCAAACAAAAAUAGUGAAAAAGAAUCACCUGAACCAGACACACAAGACGUAAUGGUGCAUACUAAGGAAACCAGCCAUGAUACUGCACAUGUGUCAAGGCACAGCACAUUAAAGCUGACAUGGUCAGAGAGUAUGGACUUCAGUGACACACUAACGUACACUGUUGGUGAUCUAGGAGGUUUGAAGAAAUUCUUCAAUCAAGGACUUUAUCUUAUGAUUCAAGAGGAAAAGGUCCUCUGGUGGCCCACAGUCUCUGAUGAAGACCCGGUGGCCAAACCCAGCCGAACUGUGAAAGAGAAGAAUGGCAGGAAAGAAAAAGAAACUCCAAUCAAAUCUGGUUCCACCAAAGACAAGUCGAAAGACAAAAAGAAGAAAUCUGUACCAGAGCUGGUCCAGGACGCUCCCAUCAGAAGAACCCUUGGCUCCGUCCACGUCCCCCUGCAGAGCCUAGUCAAAGGAAGUCAAAAGGUUAAUGUCCUCUGUGACCUCGGUGCUCUGCACACAGAGACUGAGGUGGAAGCUCAAACACAAAAAGUUGAAAAGGAUCUGGUAAAGAAAAUAAUAGAGGACAAAAAGAAGGAGGACAAGGAGUCAAAGCGGAGAGGAGGCAGUGGGACCAAACAGAAGAGUACAGCAGCUCUGAAAGGAAAAGGAAAGGGAAGGAAGGAAUGCGAGGUGGAUGCAGACGACUCUGUGUCCAUCCAACUGGAACCAGUGACAGUGGAGUUGAGCGUGGAGCUGGAGAAAUGGCGGUCUGCAGCUGAGGCUCAUCACCUUCUGCCCACACACCAAACCUCCGUCAGCCAACAGUCUGAUCCGUCUUAA